AGCAGAGAGAUCAAGAAUGGUGGUGCCAUUACGGAUUUCUUUGGCACUCGCUGCAAUUUUCCACAUCAUUUCAGGUAAGAUGUUUUGUUGAAGUGCUUAAUAAUUGAUCAAAUACAAAGGCUCUUGAAUAGUUUCACUUUACUUAGCAUAAUUUGGUACAUAAACAAUACACGUGCAAUAAUUAGCUCGUUUCUUGUUCAGCGUGGGACGGUUGUUGCGUCAAAUACGAAAUUGUUUUGUAUACAGUUGAUGAUUUAAGAACCAAUGCUAAUGCAGCUGUGCUACUGUAAAACCAAAUUCUACCUUUAGAGACAAUGAACUGUGAAUUGGUCUCAAUUAAUAGAGUGUGUGAGUUCAGUAAGCUUGUAGUGUUUAUCUGCAAAUAAUAUAUAUAUUUAUAUUGCUGCAAUUCAGUAUGCACGCAAUCUGAAGAUCCUUACUCUAUCAGGUACACCAUUUAUUCCUAUCUUUAUCGGGGUAGUUUCAUUUCUCAAAUGCCGUCAUUCUUUCUUCAAUAAAACGGGCCAUAUACCUGGCAUGUAACAAUAGCGUAUUAAAACAAAAAAGCCAAUUUUUACUCUCCUACAUCUGUAGAUAUAUUGGGCUUCUUUCAUCGAACUUUUGUGCACAACGUGUGUGGUUGUGGCUUGAUGAUAACUUCGUGCAAUUCAGUGUAAUACUCUAGCACUUUCCCCUUUUUAUACUCUACUGAUGAUAAUUACUGGCUUUCGAAAGAAAAUGCAAGGCAACUGACUUAUUCAAUCGCCGGAAACACUUUGUUAGUCCACGGUCACUGGAUAGGUCACGUCUGGUGGUUAAAUUUAGUAGCAAACUUUGACUAAGAGAAAAAACAAAUAAGUAGGUUUCUUUUCUAAAAGAACGUGCAAUUCCACUGUUUCCACUAAUAUUUAGUAAAUUUGAAAUUUGAAAGUCAGUGAAAUACUAGCAGUAGGCAAUUUUUUUUUUGUCGGCGAAACUUGAUUCGUUUAGGAGCAGACCGUGAUGGUGACCUGUGACCUUCUUUUUAUCUCAGAUCAUGCGCAUGGUGGUAUGAUCAAAGGGUAUACCUGUCUGUGCCACUCACGGAAAUAGAAAUCUGAAUACUUCUUGUUGCGUAAUAGUCUAAUUUCAGGGUUCCGCAACGCUUACGGUAUUUCCGUUGACUUAGCCUGCGAGUAAGAAAUUAGCUGUUCGCUAAUUGUCGGAAAUCGUAAUAGGUUUUAUUUUUAUCAUUAUGUUUGGCCAAUUAAAAAUGAUAAUAAUAAUAAACAAUAAGAAGAAAUAAAUGAGAGCGGGCUUGCGCUUUUUUGUUGCUUGUUUUCUUUACCAACUUGUUUUAUUAUUUCCAACUGACUGCUUUCUUUUCAAAUUAUUACCCUCCCCCAUGCUGGAGAUAAGUUGUAAAGUUCUUCGGUCAAAUGUAAUGUGAAUUUUGAUACAUGUUCUAAACAACGUGAUGUGUAAUAUGAAAUAUUUCAAUAUUUAGUAGGAGCAUCAGUCUGUAGAAGCAUUGAACUGUUUAAAGCUGUUGUGAUAUUGUUUCUUUGCCUUGUAUUGUCUCUUGGUUUCAUGUGCUGCAGAAAGGGUAGCAUCAUUAAUAGGAACAAUCGUUUUCUGUGUUUCCUGGUGGUCAUGCACUUGGAUCAAUAUAUAUUUUAAGCUUAAGUCCGGAGUUUUAUUUUGGCAAAGGGGUUUCAAAAACUCUUGAUCUGCAUACUGGCCAAGCUUACGACCAGAUCAAAACCAUAAGCUGUCACGACAUGUCCCUCCUCUGAAACAGCUGAAUUCUUUUCAAUGUUAGUUGACAUCAUAGACAAAUAACACACAGUACACCACAAACUGUACUAAUUUACACACAAUAUCCACCAGUGACCCACUCGCGAAAGUUAAACUUGCCUUUUGUGCAUCGUCUUAAUCGUCAAUAUUAUUACCCUAAAAUCUCCAGUGGGUUUGCCCCCCAAAAGUAAUUAAACGAAACCUUUUAUUGGCUUUCGCGAUUUAAUUACAGAAUUACAGGUGUAUGCCCAAUACAGUGUUAAAAUGCGCCGUUAAAGCAACAAGAUUCAAUGGUCACAGUCUCACAAAUACCUGUCAUUUAGCUUCCUCUUUCAAAGCUACAGCUAAGCGAACUUUGAGAGGAAUGAUAUGGAGUUCCACUAGCUCUGAAGAGCUGAAAAUACGCACAAUGUAAAGUGUAAUACAUCCGUUCAUGAACCUCCUAUUGCUGUGUCUAAACGCCUCAAUCGUGCUGUGCACUGGCCCUCAAAAGUGUGACCGGUCGGUAUGACCCGGCAUAGGAAAUCGAACGUUCGAAAAUCGAACUCAAUCGAACUCAAUCCGUGGAUUGAGUUCGAUUGAGUUCGACAAUCGAACGAAAUCGAACACUACACUUUCAGUGAGUUCGAUUUCCGAAGAAAUCGAAUUCAAUCGAACAAAUCGAACUCAAUCGAACUCAAUCCGUCUGAUUGUUUACGAUUGAGUUCGGAAACCGAACUCAAUCGAACACAAUUAAAUGGAUUUCGUUCGAUUGGCUCUGGUGAACCUAUACAAAGCAAGCCCAAAGCAAGCCCGUCAAAGCAAGUUUUUCUUGCGCUUUUUUUACUAUUUAUUCAAUAACACAAACCCCAUUUAUAAACUGUCCACGGCAGUUAAGAGAACAGAACAGAACAAAACAAAGCUAUCAUUAUUCCCGCGGGCGUAUUUCGAAAUUGUCGUACCCUUUCCUUUUUUUAGCUAACUUACAAUAGCGGCAAGACAACUCGAAGGAUUACUUUUAUGCAAAAAUACAAGCAAAUUACUAACCGCGACACAGGCUACGGCAUAAAGUAGAUGGAUGACUAUGAAAACACGGCACGGCCUUUCUCGCCUAUUUUCUUUAAAAGCCUGAAAACUUCGCCAUCCUUGACGUCAAAGCGGCAUUCCUGGUAGCCUUUGACUAUACAUUUGAAGCUUACGAUCCACAACGCAUCUGAAGCCAUUUCUGCGGAAUUUCUUCGCUUACGAAAAAGACGUGCGCUACACUCAGGGCUGAAGUAACUCGAGCUUCUAAGAUCUGGUAAUGGAUUUUCAACGUCUGUUUUACAUAAAUCACGAGUUCGAAAAUCGAACGUUCGAUUGGGUUCGAUUGAUUUUUUUUCUUUUCGGUGAGUUCGAUUUCGUUCGAUUGCUGAACUCAAUCGAACUCAAUCCACCGAUUGAGUUCGAUUGAGUUCGAUUGAGUUCGAUUGAAAUUUAGUUCGAUUGGGUUCGAUUUACUAUGCCGGGGUAUGAUUGCCCGUAAAAUUUGCUCGACGAUAGAAAGCAAUCUUUAAAAUUCAUUACAACACUGGACAUUUCAUUCCAAAAAUGACAAUAGGAACCUUAAAAUCUCCAAAUCCAAGAAAUCGGACCAGUAUUUCCUUGAUUAAAUCGACAUUUUUAUGUAUGUCUUCGAUGAACACUUUGCUCGCCAUUUUGAAAGUCACUGAUGCGAGACGUGACGUCAUAUUGGCAGGCGGACUGUGCCACAGAUUUCCUUGGAGACACCUCCCCCCUGGUUUAUUCAAGAAUAUUUAAGGAUUUCAAGGGGCAAGCAUGAAACUAUGGUGGCCCACAACUGUCACGGCAAAACCAAAAACCUCACGACAAAAACAAAAACAUCACGGCAAAACCAAAAACCUCACGGCAAAAACAAAAUACCUCACGGCAAAACCAAAAACCUCACGGCAAAAACGAAAUACUUCACGGCAAAACCAAAAACCUCUCGGCAAAACCAAAUACUUCACAGCAAAACCAAAAUAGCUUUGCUUUGCUUUUGCCGUGAGGUAUUUGGUUUUUGCUGUGAAGUAUUUGGUUUUGCCGUGAGGUCUUUGGUUUUGCCGUGAGGUUUGGUUUUGUCGUGAGGUAUUUUGUUUUUGCCUUGAGGUUUUUGGUUUUGCCGUGAGGUAUUUUGUUUUUGCCGUGAGGGUUUUGGUUUUGCCGUGACAGUUGUGGGCCACCGUAUGAAACUGAGAAUAUUUUAAGAAAUUAUAAAGAUCAAUCUUUAGCACACCACCAUGGUGAAUCCAGCACGACUGAACUCCAAAUGCAAAUAUGGCGGACCUAUUUGCGGUCCAGUUGCGCGGAAAAGAGGCUGUUGAGGCCUCAAAAGUUUUGUUUUGACCCCGCCUCUUAGCAACUGAUUGAGUACAUCGAAUAGACCUUUUAGCUUGUAUGUUUUGUUUUCUCAUUACAGACCACGUGUUGGUACCUAAGAGAACUGUUUCUUUCAACUGUCGUCUUAUGCACGUGCACCCACGUGCGUAUGUAUGUAAUAUAAUUAAUGAAAUGACAAAAUGGAAAUUCCCUAGGGAACAUCACGUGGUCUGAAUUAGGAAAACAAAACGUACAAGCUAAAAAGGUUUAUUAGUAAAAUUCCCUUGAUUUGUUGUGUGCCAGAGCGUCACCAAUUUAACUCCAGCUAGAACGAAGGUUAACUAUUUUAUACUUUCCCGAGGUCCUUUCACCAAGAAAAUAAUGGAUUCUUACGAUGCUGCGCGGCAAAGAGAAGCACUUUUUCCUUAUACUAAUAGAACAAAGGUGUGCUCUUCCAAGUUCGCAUACGGCUCGGUCUUUCUAUGACGAAAGCUAAAAUUAACGAGAGCAAGUGUAUCCACCGUUAACUUCAGGAGAGGGGCGUUGGGAUUUUCGGUUUUUGGUAGAAUCUGGUGGCAUCUGGUGCUAGAACAGAUCAUACAAACCUUUUUUUUUGUAAUUUGAGCCAUAUUUAAUACUUUUGUGACUAACCGUUUUUUAAUUAUGAAGGGAAUUCUUGGUAGGCGAUUGAAAGUGUUCCCCGAGGCCUUAUCGACCACGGAAGGUUCAUUCUUUCACGUUUCACUUCCACAUUUCGAUUGUAAGUAAACGGAAAACUUUCAAAGUGGAACAAAUGAAGGGCCGCCCUAUUGAUUUGUUAAAAGGAAAAACUAACGCAUGUACACCCCGAGAUUGUCUAGGCGUCUCUCGGCCAUUCGUCUCAGAUAAGUCACCGAAAUUCAUUGACCGAGAAGGCCUGGGAAGACGCCGUAUUGGGACUAGAGAAAGUUUUAGAUAGUUCCUGAAUUUGUUUUGCACCUCAUUUUCUAGGCUGUCCAACUGGCUGGUAUGGCUUUGGAAACUCCUGCUACUUGUUUAAGGUCAGAACUCUGACUGUGCGGGGCCUCAGCUGGGAGGAUGCUCGAAGGAAGUGCCUCAAUUAUGGAGGAGAUCUUGUCAGUGUGGCAAAUAAAUCAGAGAUGGACUUCAUUUACAGUAAAUCAUCUCAACACACGAACGAAAAAUAUUGGAUUGGGUUAAAUGAUCGUCAGAAUGAGAGUUUGUUUGUUUGGAGUGAUGGGACACCUUACAAUCGUUCAGUGUAUAGCAACUGGUAUCCAAAUGAACCAAAUGACAGGGCUGGUGAGGACUGUGUUGAGUUGUAUGGCAGAAAAUGGAACGACAAUAGCUGCAAGAAAGAGUUUAGCUACAUCUGUGAAAGACCCAAAGGUUUGUUAAUCUUUAAAAUCAGUUCUGGGAUUGGUAACUUAGUAUCUCUUUUGAGCGUGUAAACCAUUCUUGAUACUGUGACAUUAUCAUAGUGAUGAUGAUGAUGAUGAUGAUGAUGAUGAUGAUGUUGACAAUGACGACGACGACGACGACGACGACGAUGAUGAUGAUGAUGAUGAUGAUGAUUUUGUUUAUUUCUUUAUAGGGGUACCCAUGCCUACAUUUAAAACUGUCGCACCCCCUCCAACCUUUGGUAAGUCUAAAAUCUGUAAGCGAUAGAUCCUUCCGCGUUUUUUUUUUCUUUCAACUUUUGAGAUGGACUAGUUAGGGAAAAACCAUCGACUCUACUGGGAAGAGAGCACACUACAGCUAUUAAAAUAGCCAAUUUUGAAAGUGAUACGUCUUAAGCGAGCGAAGAUAUAUUUUAGUUUAGUUUAAUUUAGUUUAUUCAUUUUAUAAGCAGAGUUUCGUUAAAACAGGCAACUAACAAGAAAAUGGGAGAUUUAUAACACGACGUUUCGUGGUCCUCAUGACUCCAUUAUCAAGUGAGAUGUGAGUAAUAAUAUUACAAUCGAGCAAAUGCAAGAGAUGAGAAGAAAUAAUUUACAUACUUGUUAAGUAAACACUUUGGCCCGCAGGGAAUCGGAUUGCACAUUUAGUGAACGCGUGAAGUUCUUAAUUAAAAGCAUUUCUUUGACACUGCAAUCAAAUUUGGUACCACAUUUAGCCAGCACGCUAAACCACUCAGGUAUUUUAUUUUAUUUUAUUUUAUUUUACAUUAGCAACUAUUGCCUGUCCAGCUGGAUGGGAGUUUUAUGGUUCAUCAUGCUACAAGUUUAGUGAUAUGAAGAAGAACUGGCUUGAUGCUAAGACGGACUGCCGAGCAUCUGGGGGCUACCUGCUGAAAAUAGAUGAUGCCACUGAACAGCAUUUUAUAACUUAUAGACUGAUUUCAGGCAAUAAAGUGAGUGGCAGGCGUGCAAUAUAUUCUUAACUAUUAACUGCAUGUCAAGUAGAUACAGUCUAACCUCCGCUAACGGCCACCUCUCCACAACUGCCGCUUUUUUUGUCCCGUCAGGCAGUCCAUAGAUUGACUCUUGUUCAAACCUUCUUUCAACGGCAACGGCCACUAAAGUGUGACCCCAACAGGCAAAAUAACCUCUCGACAACGUUAACGGCCAGUUUUUUUCAACGACUGAUGAAAAAGUACAAGAAUGAUCAAUCGUGUUUUGAUGAUGUUUAGCCAAUGAGAAUCAGUUUAAUAUUUUGAAUGAAUAAUAAGAUUAGUUACGUUUUAUAUCGACUGUUUAAACUGAACAUAUGCAUAACCAAUUCUUGUUGCAUUUCACUGAUUCGGGUGAAAGCUUUUCAGCCCUGCAGGUACAUAGUUUCUUCUUUAGAAUUUAAAUUAAGAAAAAAAUAAUUUCCAAAAGUGUGAUCUACGGGAUAUGUCUGCGUAUGUGACCAUUGGUUCUUGAACUUUAGGUUUCUUUUGUCAUAACAGUGUAAACAUGUGUUGAAUUUGACUUUGAGAUCAUUGAGCUGCCCAAAAGGACGGAUCGGCUUUACUCCGUUCAGCCUUGUCUAAUUGCAUUCUAAUCAAGGUAUAUGAUAGCACUUCAUUCUGUUAGUCACUCCAGUUUACCGGAUCAAACAAUCGUAUUCAGUCUUUCUCCCUUUCAACUAAAAAAAAGGGAAUAACUGCCGAGGGUUUACUGCCAAUACCACUCCGGAAGAAAACAGCUAUCAGAAGGGCUAACGUCUAUAAGAGGUUCGAUAGUCACGUUCUCUUUUAUUUUCAGCAUGGGGGAUGGAUCGGACUAACCGAUGCAGCAGUUGAGGGGACGUACAGAUGGGAAAGUGACAACUCUCUGGUGAAUUAUACUCACUGGGCAACAGAGGAGCCCAAUGAUUUUGGUGGAGUGGAAGACUGUGUAACAGUGUGGGGAGGUGGUUCAGCAGGCUUCUGGAACGAUGAUUACUGCGAUACGGAGCAUUACUACAUCUGCGAGAAACCAGAGGGUAAAGGCAUUUUUGUAUUUGUUGAUAGAAAAACAAACAGACAAACAAAAAGUGGCCUUUUAAAACUUUUGGCAUGACACGAAUGCUUUGCUAAUCUGGGAAACUACCGUGCGACCGCUUGGCGUUAAAGUGGAGCGUUUACAAUGACGAUGCGAGAAUCAUUGUUGUGUGGAGUUUAAUAUUGAGUCCUUGUUAAGAUUCUUGAAGCUUUUAUGGACGAAACUUAAAUAGUCAUCGAAAAAAGUGGUUGUUAAAGGACUGAGCUGAUUAUUUGGUUCUUGAGGGCGACCGCACCAGUCGUCACUUACCAGUCACUAACUCAGAAAUGUGAACACAAGAGAGACUGAAUUAGACUUCGUCGACCUAAAACCUUUUCAGCACUUAAGGAUCGUCAUGCUGUUUUCUGUCUUUUUUUUUUUUUUAAAGCUAAAAGCUGUCCUCACAUUUAUUUUUGAAACUAUGUUGAGGCACUCAAACUUUUUCCUGUUGUCCGUCGCUCCUGUUGACAUGCAGGACGGACAGGAAAACAAAAUGGGGCCAACUUUAUCACUUUUAUAUACUGUGCCUGCAAAAUCACCAGAAAAUAAUAUUAUUAAUAUGGUUGUUGCUCUCUAAUGAAAUUUGUGAUAUCUUUUUCAUAACUUCACUGGAUCAUUUUGUGUAUCAGAGCAAAGGCACUAAGUAAUGACUUGAGCGCAAAACAAACCUGAUAUCCUCGUCACAUAGCCUCUUUAGAGAUUGAUUUAAUUCGCUCAAAUCCGCGGUCUAUUUUGAUACUAAUGAAAGCAGAGGCGGCCCAAGGUCAGUGUGUGAGUUUAAUCGUUAACCCUAGUAGUUUGAUAUUGGUAAUUUAAAAUGGCCUUGAAUAUAAAGGAUUUGUAUGGGAAUUCAGGUAAAAGAUUCAAAUCGAUUAAUACUUGCUAGAAUGUUCAAUAAAAUACAGCUUACCGUAUUUACUUUGCUUGUUUUUGUUUGCUGUGUGGUUAUUUUUCCGACCCAUUGCGAUUUAAGCGAUUUCCUUUCAUACAAAUCCUUUAUAUUCACGGCCAUUUUAAAUUACGCAAUAUGAAACUACAUGUGUUAACGUCUAAACUCACACACUGAGCUUGGACCGCCUGUGAUGAAAGUCGUUGUUUAAUUUUCGUAACCCGCAGGUCGUAACCUCUGUCCGACAAAUUGGAGAAGCCUUGGUGACUUCUGUUACCAGUUCAACGUCCACGGUGCACUGUACAAGAACUGGGUUGAUGCGGAGAAAGCGUGUAUGUCUUACAAUCGCUCAACCGAGCUGAUUAGCAUAAACAGCGUCGCCGAGCAGGCCUUCGUUUUACGGCAGCUCAAAGAUCUUAAAGUAUCCCAAGUAUGGCUCGGACUGAAUGAUCGAAAAGUUGAAGGAAGAUACGAAUGGAGCGAUAGAUCUCAACUGAGCUACAGAAACUGGGAAGCAGGGGAGCCCUCCACUGGCGUGAGCGCUGAGUUUUCUGAUUGCACAGUCAUUGACGGCAACACUCAGAAUGGAACAUGGAGUACUUCUUCUUGUUUCUUUAGACGUGGUUACAUAUGUAAGAGAAAGAGAGGUAAGAAAGAUGUCGUUCACUUCAGUGCAAGACACUAAGUAAAACCACUUAUUUAAUGCGUUUUGCUGUGCACCGUACAGAAGCUAACAAAGGCCAGGGUGCCUUAUUCUUUUCAUGAAAAGUAGUUGAUAAUGAUGAUGAGGAGGACGAGAAUGAGGAGGAGGAGGACGACCACGACGACGGUGAUGUGAUGGUGGUGGUGGUGAUGAUGAUGAUGAUGAUGAUGAUGAUGAUGAUGAUAGCGAUGAUGACCCAUUCACAGCAAUUUGCAUUUUUUAAAAAAAGGAGGUUGAUAUACCAAUGUAUUCGUAUCACGAGUGCGGGUAAAGAAAUACAUGCAGAAAUAGUCGGAGUUCCCGAGGGCGUCAUCUAAACGCCCGCAUUUGCUUCACUUUAUAGGUAUGGGGCAGUGUGAUUCGCCAUUUGGAAUGGAAGAUGGCAACAUCGAUGAUAAUCAAAUAAGCGCCUCCAGCGUUUAUAACGCAUCCUGUCAAGCAAGCCAGGCACGGCUUCGUCUGGCGAGCAGUAACACAACCGUUGGGGCAUGGUGUGCUGCAAAGAACACUGUGGUAGGAAAACGUGUAUACUCGAUUCCAAAAAAAAAAAAAAAAAAAAAAAAAAAAAAAGAAAAGAAAAGAAAUCCCUCAAAAGAUGACACCUAAUAGAUUUAUGGAUAUAAGUGUAUUAGAAUUGCAGGUUCAAAAUGUUGUGAAUAGCCUUUCGUUAGCAUGAACCCCUCUUAAGGAUAAAUUCCAACAAGGUCCAAAGGACUUUCAGUUUUUGCUGGCAAUACCUUCGCCUCUGUAGUACAUACGUUUUCUUAGAAAAAUCUUUGCAGAGCCUUGAAGAAAACCGCAGCUACAAUUAACGUCAUAGUCGUAAUAAAAGACGAAAGUAUAACAGCUUAUGCUCGUUUAUACCAUAUUACAAAUGUAUACAUGUAGGAAACACUUCCCAGAAAGCCAUGCGCUCUCAUCGGCCAUGGUUUAUAUCUUACAGGUGACAAGAUUUUUAAGUUUAAGUCUUUUAUGUAGUGAAACGUUGGGUUUUGUCUGUUACAAAGCUUGCAUUUAGCUUGCAACACGGUUCAUGUAUUUUGACACCCCUAUAAACGGCUUUCGUUUAAGCUUACGAUCGAAAUAACUGGUCUCAUGGGACCAAAUUAAUGAAGGUCCAUUUUUUUCUAAAUAGUUCAUUUUUGGGGCGGGGCGGAGGUGUUGGAGUGGUCGGGUAGCUCAUUUCAUUUGUUCAAUACCAAUGCAACAUCGUCAUCAUUAUCAGAAUUAUUGCAUUGAUCUUAGUAUCACUUUCCUCAUUCCUGUACUCUUGUAAAUUGUUGAUCUUUAUCAGGGGGAGUAUCUUCAGGUUGACCUGGGAGUAGUGCGUCAGAUUACACACAUUGCGCUUCAAGGCAGACCGCAAUCAUCCGAAUUUGUAAAGACAUUUUAUCUGAAAUACGGAAACAAUGGUCUGGACUUCAAUAGCUAUGGACAGAACGCCACUGUGAAGUAUAAGGUACUUGUAUAUUAUUGCACCCUGGAGUUUUAUAGAUGCUCAUUUAUAAGGGUUCUUAUAUCCGUAGGAUUGCUACCAAAAACAUUUAGCUGUUAGCCUGUUCACAGACCCUCUUCAAAGUUCGUUCUCGCGCGCUCGCCGAUGUUUUAUUAAAGAACGAAAGGAAAAAUUAAGCAACGUCUGUGUACAGGCUAUUUAGCGAUUGAAGAUUUGAAAUAGAACACCUGCGACCAAAAGACACGAAGUCUUGCAAGAUGUUGUUGUUUUAACAGAUUUUAUCACGGCAAAAUGUGCGUAAUUCCUACUAUAUAUUUGAUUAUAUUAUUUCAGAUUUUGACAGGGAACCUAAAUGCAAAAUCAGUCAAAAAUAUUGUCCUUCCCGAGUCUAUCGAUGCUCGCUUUUUACGGAUUUAUCCUUUGACAUGGAACUCCCGUAUCUGCCUUAGAACCGAGAUAUAUGGAUGUGCAGCUCAAGGUAACGUUUCUUCUAUACUAAUGCUUUUCUACUGACCUAAAACGAAAACUAGUCAAACCUAUUGUUCUUUUUUUGUUGUUGUUGUUAUUUGGAUAACAAUGAAAAUAAAUAAAAUAAAUAAUAAAACGUUCAACUUCUGUCUCCCCUCUAGGCUACUUACUCCUGUUCUAGUUGAUGCUUACAAAUUUGUCCCCGGCAAUGUUUUGUUACCCUCGCAGAGCGAGUGUAAAAUUUUUGUCGCACGCAGAGAUCGCAAGUGGAGUGCGAUUUUGCUUUGUUCAUAAAUUUUUCUAUCGGUUUGGUAUCCGCAGUUGCCUAGCAAGAAGUCAUAAGCAAAUGUUAAAGACGCAAUUUAGCAUGACGUCAUCGUGCACUUUCGGUUUCCAUUCAACACGGCCACCGACUAGGGCUCAUUUUAUUCAUCCUCGUUUACUGUGCGUUGGCGAAUUGCCUGGCGAAUCGCAAAGUAGUUCUGAGGCAAAUAACAGCGGGCUGCAAACACAACAGUGGCCGAUUGGACAAGUGGCUGAAAAUCCUUGCCGUGGAAGAUUUAACACCAAAAGAACGGCCACCUGAACUUCAGCGAACGCAGCGAAGAAGACGACCAGUGCGUUCAUCGAGCGCACUGUGUGAGAAGUCCAAGCCGUGAAUAAACGCGGAAAGAAUGCGAAACGGUUUUGAAAUACUCGUUUGAGCUAUUUUUCCUCAAGUAUAUCUUUGAAUUCAUGAUAAAUACAACUCCACAAGAUUCAAACAGUGUGAAUGGCAGAAGCUUCUUCGGUUAUUUUUUUUCCGUUUUUUCUUUCAUCGUAUUUCUUUCUGUUUAUUCUUACUGUUGACCCUUUUUAGCUUCGCGUUAUUUUUGUAAUAACGUAUUUCUAGUUUAUUUAUUUUUUAUUCGUUUAUUUCUUUAUUAUUUGGAGGGUGGUUGGGGAAUUUGAGGGCCGUUAGUAAAUCGGGGAUUGUUUUUUGUCAAGACGACCCGUUGCUUAGCUUAGAGAAAGAGAGAUGCGUGAUCUUAGUGUCUCUAUUUUAACUUUUAAUUCAAUUUACUAAAUGAAGGCGUUAUUAUUUUUUUUUUUCAUAUAUAACAACUCUUCAUUUAAAAGUGUGCUUCUCCAUCGAAAGGUGUACUUCUUCUCUGCGUUUAUGUUUUUGUUUUGUUUGUCGGAACAUUCCACCUGAUGACCAAUCCUUACCUAAUCUUACUAAUCUGUACCUUUGUUAUAUUUAUUUAUAUAUCUUUUCUUUUUUUUUUUUUUUUUUUUUUCUGAAGCGUCUUCCAAGAAGUGUGGCGUUGGUUGGGAAGUAGGACUUGAUAGUACUUGCUACCAAAUAAAUUCAGAUCAGAGAAAGCUAUGGGCAGGUUUGUAAUGUUUUAAAUUGCGAACAAAGAAACAUGCAAAUAAAAAAUAAACAAACAAACAAACAAACAAUAAACUACAAACAAAAACAAAAACAAAUAAAUAAAGUAAGCAAUCAGAGAAACGAAAAUAACCAAAAAACAAAAACCAUUGUUUUUGUAUUCUCUGUAAAAUUGAUUUCAAACUGUGAGAGGAUCAAUGUCAAGGCUGGUAUCACACAUCUCCUUAACUCUCUAACCCAUUAUGUUAGGUUAAAGAUACGUCUUAUCGGUCAUUUGACGGCAAAACCCAUUAUGACCCUCUAAAUUUUCAAGAAUUUUGUUCUUAAUACGUUUACCUUAUUAUUACCAGAAAAAUCGCGUAGGAGCAUUAAAUAACCUAGUUUUUUUAUACGAAUUGACAGCAGAAUUUUUUUCCUUGAAUAUUUUUCGCAACAAAGUCUGUGAAGUGUUUGGGGUUUUUGAUGACUCAAAAAAAGACUGUCUCAAACGAGUAAUGUGCGAGGUAUGCAUGCGUUUCAGACGCAAGAGCUACCUGUCUAAACCGAGGUGGAGAUCUUGUAAGCAUACUCAGCGUCAGAGAAAAGAACUGGUUAAAUAAUCGAUUGAAAGCUCUUAGUGGUUGGGCGUACUCCUUCUGGAUUGGACUCAACGAUCGAGAUAUGCAUAAACACUUUUACUGGAGUGAUGGAAGUCCAGUCAGAUUGACGGCGUGGGACGGUGGUUACCCGAAGGACUACACGUCACAAAGUGAGUCACUUACGUCUCCUUGUUAUUUCUAGUGACCUUAGCCAACAGGACGGGAGAGGGAAGAAGACUGAAAACCUUGUGUGACAAACGUGACCAUAAUUUUGUUUGAAAAACUUUUCCGUUUAACUUCACCCUGACCUUUACUCAGGUCUUUUUAUAAAAGACCAGAAAACAUUAAGAAGAUCACCACAAAACACACAAGUAAUAGGCCUGUCACGUGUCUCGCGCACAAGCGUUUUGCCGUCCUCUUCUUUCUACCGUCCUGUUGCGUAAACUUACUACUGUUAGUUAGGUGUAGGCAUGUGGAGGCUCCCCCGGAUAGGGUUACAUGAAGAAGCCAAAAACACUUGGCUGUGAUGUUUGAUAUCAGAUAUAGAAAUGAUCGUAGUAUCAAUCAAAAUAUAUUGCAAAAUAUUUCCAAUAGCACCCUUCAAUACAUGUUCAUCUGUUGUGAAUGACCUUAGCACACAAUCUUCAGAAGUUCAAUUCAGUUCGUUAACCAUUAUCGGAACUGAAGUAUAGAACGAGAUACCUUAUCGCUAACAACUCUUUAAAAAACAAAAAAAGAAAGAAAAAAAAGAAAGGAAAGAGAAAUUGAAAACAACGCUACUCUUCUACAUUCUGGUAUUUGAAGGCUCUUGUAUUGAUGUUUUUUAAAAAAAAAGACUAUUACAUUGUUUACUUAUCUAUUUAUUCAUUUAUUUGUAGAAAUUAAUUUAUUAUAGUGAUGAUUUAUUAGUAACAGAACUUCGUGUCAUCUACUAAUUGGUUUGAUAUUAUACUCGGACUCCUGUUACUUAGUCGCCCAAUUUUGUUAAUCACUCUUUUGAUUACAGACCAAAUUGGACUCCACCCAGUCCUACAACCAUAAAAAUUAACAACUAGUUGAUUUGUUCCUUUGGUAGAUCUAAGGGCAUGUGUAGAGAUUGAUGCCACCAGGGGAGCUUGGAGAGAUGUCAGUUGUGGGGAAUACAGGCCAUUUAUCUGCAAAAGAAAAAUGGGUGGGUACUUUCCCUUCAUCUGUACUGAUCCUUUCUCUCGUUAGAGAAUGUGACCGCAAUUAUAUUGCAUUGGACAAUGUGGUAAAUGCAUAUAAAAUAUAAAUAAUCGACCGAUCAAACAAUGUAACUAACUAACUAACUAUCCUAAUAAAAAAAAAAAACAACAACAACAACAACAACUACAACAAAAUGAAGAAAAGAAAGAAAAAGAAAGGGAAUGUUAAUAAUAAAAUUAAUACCAUUACACGCUCAAAACUUUUGUUGCUUAUUAUAAAAUGUAAGACCACGAUUGCGUCUAUUGGCAACUACUGGUUUUAGCUGUACAUCCCUCCCCUCCUUCUCCCAAGAAAUUACGGGCGUUUAUUAGACAGUUUUCGUUGACUAUUUUUGUUCUUAACGUAAACAUUUAUCUUAUGUUACUUUUUUAUUCUCUAUAAUCAUCAGCUCCUACAAAUGAUGUCAAAUUCCCAGUGACAGGAAGUAAGUAGCAUCAAUUUCAAAUUUGCGAAGAAUGUCAUGGGUUAAUGUUUACAAAUGUUUAAUCACUUAAACCUAUGUGAUGACAGAGAGUGUAUGGUCAGAUGUUGGUUAUGGUUGUAUUUCACGAAUAGUCUUUAUUAAGUCAAAAUUGUCGCGGCAAACUGUAUUUCUAUAGGUUUCAAUGGCAGUCCUAUCUAUCCUGGCUAAUACCUUGCAUACCCGGGUACCAACAUAGCAAACAAGAACACUGGGCUUUAGAUUAAGGACCCUAGUAUCUGGUAACCAUGGCUAUCUCUAUUCUCUAUCACAGACUGGAUUAGUGGAACUGAUUACUACUGGCCAAUGGAUGCGAUCGUCGAUGGAAUGGCGCUUGGCACGUUGCCAGCUACUGCACAUGGUAUUGUAAUAAAAUCAGAUCAUCCUCAAAAUGGCUGGGAUACUCUCGAGUUCCGAAGCUAUCAGUCUUAUCUAGAUGCUAGAUCCCUUCCAGUUCUUUGUGUUACCGAUCCAACCCAAUGUAGUAAUGGUAUCACAGUUUCCUUUGUUGUGCGGUUUGAAGAUGCCACAAAGCAAUGGGCUAGAAAUACUUUUAUCGUGGACACAAUUGGAGAUGAAACUUUCCAGCAAGGCAACCGUGGAUUCGCAGUGUACGUGGUUAAUGGUCGCCUUCAUGUAAAGGUCUUAACACGGGUGAGAGAGUGGACUGUUGACCAUACACUAAUUACUGGUGCUUUGGCCUGGCAGCAUGUGGUGUUCACGUGGCAACUAGAGAAAGGACUUCAGUUGUACUUAAAUGGCAGUCUCAGGUACCUAUGUAUUGUAUACUUGUGGACAGAGGCUUUCUGUGAUGCAUUUUAAUACCGUGACGUUUUCCUCGUAAAACGAAAGUGAUAACGGUUCAGUUUAGUACCCUUGACUCUUUUAAAUUAACUAUAAGUGAGUUGAUAGGAAUGCGAUCGUGAAUAUUUGUAAGUGAGUUCCUUGUACUUUCGAUGAGAAAGUUAAAAAUGGACUGCAAAGUUGUGUCAAGAGAGCGAGAGAAAACAAACAAACAAACAAAGAAACAAGCGUCAAAAACAAAACUCACUUCUAGUUUUGUUUUGAAUUACUCUUCGACUGUGUUAUAACUUUUUAAGUGCGUUGCUUUUGCUUUAUAUAACAAGGGCGAAAACUACCCAUGAUAUAGCCCCUUAAAAGCAAACAAACAAACAAACAAACCAACGUUAAAUAACGAUAAUGAUAAUAGCAAAAGCUACAAAAAAAAAAAAAAAAAAAAAAAAAACAGCUAGAAAGGCCGUAGACGUCACUUGUCGACAAAAUUCAGUGCAAUGACCGUAGCCGGGAUAGCCUGCGUUGCUUGGGGAAGAUUGUGUGACGAGCCAAAAGAACGUCUGCGUGGGCGGCUAUAGCCUUGAUUGAUCACAUGGCAUAAACAACGCUCGCUUGAAAUCCCGAGUGGUUAAGAUAGGCGAAAUUUGUCCCUCGGAUAGCCAGUCGGAGCACAUGAUUCGCUUCAUCCUGCCUGCUUGCGGCGCCAGGUAUAAAACAAGGCACGACGUUUACCUUGCUCUCCCUUACAUUGAUCGUUCAUCAUUUGCUCUGGGUUUGCUUCGACCAUUCUUUUCUCUUGAAUUUUCCCCAUCUAACGUACAAUGCAAUACAGUCUUGGAUUCUGGAUUCCAGAUUGCAAUCGUUAGCGAGAUUCUGGAUUCCUGGUGUCAAAUUCUUAAUCCCAAAGCUUUGAAUUCCAAAUUCCACAAGCAAAAGUUUCCCUGGAUUUCGCAUUCCACAAGCAAAAAUGUCCUGGAUUUCGGAAUCCCGAUUACCUUAUUUAGGGUGACUUGCCUAAUUCCAUGGUACUUUUGUUGUUUAGCACCUCAAAUCAAUACGGAACUACCACCCUUCAGGAUAGCAGUGCAAGUACCACAUUGACUAUAGGAAGCAAGUCAAACCAGACUUCAGCUGGCGAGUAUUAUAUGCGUUCAUUAGCAGUGUGGAAAAGAGCAUUGUCUAGCCAAGAAGUUAAAGGGAUCUAUUUAGCUGGUAAGUUUAUUUGUCUAGGUAUAUGGAAAGACGAAUGCAAUGUUUUAAGAUAUAGGCCGAAAUGCAGGACGUCCAUAGCAGUGCCCUUUUCAAAGACAUUCGUAGCUGUUGUUUUUUGCACGAAGUAUUAGCCGUGUGUCCCAGAUCAAAUUUGUUUGUAGUGUGGAUUUUUUGAGGACAGCCUGGGAAAAUCAGACCACUCGGAGAAAAACCCUAAGAACUAACAAUAAGCAAGUGUAUUCAACCCAUUCACAUUUAUAAUUGCUUCCAUUCAAUAGAGUAUGGUAGAUGUCGAACUGGUUGGAAAGACUUUGGACGGUACUGUUAUCAGUUUAACUUGAACAAGAAAUCCUGGUCAGAUGCCCGAGUGGCCUGUAUGAAUCAGCAGGCACAGCUGGCCAGCAUUCACUCCCCAGUAGAGCAGGCACACAUAACCUUGGAAGUGGGACCUUAUGGAUUACAAGAACAUGCAUGGAUUGGUAAUACAUCCGUGGAAUGUUUAUUGCUUUCUCUUUAACAAGGAAGCCAGACACAUCAAUCAUUCCAAUUAUUGUGUGUUGAAAACUUUCGUUGCUAGAGUACUCCGUUAAUGCGUAGUAUACAAAUUUUGUUGUGGGUGCUGUAACGCUUGGUACAUCCAUAUCCGUGAAACCUGGCGACGUAUUUUUUUUUCUAUGCGCGAUUGUGAACACCUCUCUUCUUAGAGGUUCUCCUACAUUUUCAAACUUGUACAGAGCUUGUAACCCUGCCGUAUAACCCUGCUUCAAAAUUAUAGAUUUGCUAUUAAUCUUUGCAUAUUAACUACUUGCUACACGAGUUAUUACUUAGCGAUAAUUAUUGGAUGAGGCUAAGUAUGAUAGGAACAAUUAUGCAUUUCGAGGAGGGUGUCAUAACAUUCUCUUGGAUCUGCAUAAUUCUUCAUGAUCAUCUCAUAGCCAAAAACAACAAUUAUGGUCGGAAUAUUCAGCGAAAAUAUUUGGAACCUUAAAAACAGGUUGACCAUGAGUAACCACGACAGCAACGUCGACGAAAACGAAAACGUCACUUUAAAGUAAGUGAAUUUGCGCUGCUUCAAAAUUCUUCACUCUUAUUCCAUUUAAUUCAAAUUGUUAAAUGUCGCGAUUUUUUCGGGAGUUAAAUUCUAAAUGAACGUAUCUAAGUUCGGAAAAAGAACAAGAAAUUCGUUGACUUGUUCUCCAUAAAGCGUGAAAUCGGAAAGUAUCCCGUCGUAGUCGUGCAAUGACGGCUAAGCACAUGACAUGCAGGGUUUUCGUUUUUCUAUUGACAACCUUUUUUUUUUCCUCCUUGUUGCCUUCAGCGUCGUCGUUUCUUAAGCUCUCUGUUCGUAUCUUAUACAGGUCUACAUGAUCGGGGAGUUGAGAGUGAGUUUGAGUGGUCAGAUGGAUCUGCUGUUCAGUACACUUACUGGAAAGAUUGGAAUCCUGACAACUGGGCCAACUCAGAGGACUGUGUCAAUGUGAGAAGUGAUAAUGAUGGACGCUGGAAUGAUGAGAACUGCCGUACCAAUCGACCAUAUAUUUGCAAGAAAUCAAAAGGUUAUCAAACAAAUGGAAGAAACACAUAUUUUAAUUUCUAUAGUAAUGGGGCUCCGCCUCGCCCGAAGGUCCGCUUAAGCAACGACGUUUUUGAAGAGUAAAGACACUCAGGAAGAAAAAUUAAUUUAGUAGCCUUAAGAACUUUUAAAAUUCAAAAGGCCUCUCUUGCGGUUGACGGCCGUCGCUUCAAAACGUCUUUGCUGGCAACUGAUGUUACGGGGACAUGUUGGCUCUCACAUCGUUUAAAAACAUGAAUAAGGGACUUGUAUCAUACUGAUUUCUUUAUUAUUAUUAUUAUUUUCUUUCAGAAUACUUUCCCAUAUUAGGACCGACGCCAACACCUGGUAAGGAAGCUUUUUAGCGAGUUUAAGGCAUCACGACGGCGACGCGGAGAAAACGUCGCGUAAAAAGUGACUUCGCGUUCUUUGAAACUUCAGCGCGAAAAAAAAUGUAGAAAAACAAAUGUUGACGGUUAUAGUAUUCACUCAGUCCGGUCAAAUUUCCGAUCGUACUGGUUAAAUAAAUCAGACGUCGAUUUUCGAGUUCAAAUUUUUGAACGGAUCACCUAACGGUAAAAAGCACUAUUUUUUUUUUUUUUUUCACCCGACGAAAAUUCGUCCGGUGCCAUGUGAAAGCAAACUUCAAAUCAAUACUAGCGGGAAAAAUAAUGAUAACAAUUAUUACAUGUAUUAGUGUAACAAUGAUAUUUUAUUCCUCUUGUGCCAGCUCCCCAGAAGAAGUUUGUCUGUCAGUAUACUUCAGCUGUGCUUAGUUGCCCUUUAUCAACCGUUCUAACCAUCACAUCUGCCAUCUGGGGGCGUACCGAUGUUAACCAGUGUGGUUUUGUGAGCGUGAAUAACUGCCGACUUAAUGUAACUUCAAACAUAAAGGCAAAAUGUGAUCGCACUAAUCAUUGUUCUUUGAGGGCCUUGGGUUCAUUUGGUUCUGAACCGUGUAAAGGAGUUUCAAAGUAUCUAGAGAUAGACUACGUUUGCAGAAAAGGUAAGUGAUAGAUUGGAAACAAGACUGAGAUUAACCAUAUCGUUUCAAACCUUUGAUUUAAGAUUUCUUUUAGAAAUUGCAAUCUCCCCGCAACAUUCGAUUCUUUUUGGCUUUGAGCAACACUGCCCAUAGCGAUAAGACCAAACAUGCACUUUUUUCCAUUUACCAUAGUCGUGUUAAAAGAUUCCCAACAUUACCCGAACAACACAUCAUCCAGCCACCAUGCUUUCUUGAUACCGCCAUAUUUGUCUCCAAAAAUACCAUUUCGUUUGCACGGAAGGACUAACUCAGUGGAAAUAGCGCUUUAGUGACUGCAAAGCGGGAGUUCGUGGGGUUUGAUUCCUGGGACCGGACCUCUACUCAGGGUCUUGGAAUCAAUGAAAAAUGAAUGUACUGCCUUUGGUCCUACAAACGGCUAGACCAUAAAACUAUGGUUCCGCAUCCCAAAGGGGAACAUAAAGUAGUGUCUUUAUAUAGCAUCUUGCCCCGUGUGCCAAAGGGAACAUAAAAUAGUGUCUUUAUAUAGCACUUUGCCCCGUGUCCCAAAGGGAACAUCAAAUAGUGUCUUUACUUAGCACCUGGCCCCGUGUCCAAAAGGGAACUUAAAAUAUAUAGCACCUUUAUGAUGAAUACAUCAACUGUUUGUUGAGGGUUAAACUGUUGCACCCAUAUAUCAUUUUGUCCAUCAUGUAGCUGUUUAAUUGAUAUAAAAGCGAAUUUUUUGGUCUGUGUGAACACAUUACGGUAAUGUCAUGCACACACAUUUUUGCACACGCUGUCUCCUAUCUGCACAAAGGCUACUUGCUGUUAUUAGUUGUAUAAUUGUUUGCCUUUUUUGUACCUACCCCUUACAGUGUGUGACUUUUUGUCAGCCUAUUCGUGUAUUUGUAACUAUUCUAGUUGGUAAGCUUGUGAGAAGCGGUUCGCUACCACACAGAUUUUUUGUCUUUCUAGGUGUAGAAAAAUCGUCCGGUUGUGCCUUUGGGUGGGAGCAGAGCCCUGAUGGUUCCCGCUGUUUUCGUUUAAUGUUUGAUCGUAAAAGCUGGAAGGACGCUAGAAGCAAGUGCAGAAAUGCUAGUGCUGAAUUAGCUAGCUUCCACAGCAGGUAUGACUCAUUGAAUAUGGAGUUAUUGUUAAAUACUCCGUCUUUUCAAAAUGCGCCCAUGCAAACCGAUAAUAGUAAACUGGCAGUGACGAGGCUGUUAAGUAGGACUAUUUUACACUUGGUGCAACUGCUUGAAUCGUCAGCUGGUAAAUGGAAUGUAAUCGGCCGUUCAUAAUGCCCAAUUUUUGUCUGAUAAAUAAGAAAGAGGUGGUGGUGGUGGGUAGGGGUGGGAAGGGGGGGGGGGGUUGGGAUUGGUGGGCCAAACCGGAGUGCCAAAACCUGCAACAAACUCCUCCCUCAAAUGGCGUUGCCCGGCAAAGGGCAAAGUUUGUGGGGAGGGGUUGGGGUUCGUUCACCACUCCACCUCUCGUUCUCCUCAAUUUAGCAAUAUACGAAGCUUGUACGCCAUUUAUUCCAUAUAAACGUUACCCCCCUCUUAAAAUACAUGCAAAUCAAACCCAUUGAUGUACGAAAAUCAAUUUUAUAGCACUGAAAAUAUUUUCCUGACUUCGUUGCUGGUCAACUCCUGGGACAUAGGGGAUGUUGGAGGAAUAUGGAUUGGAUUAGCAGAUGUCGAUCAGAAAGGAGUGUACCACUGGACAGAUAAUUCCACCGUCGAUUACACCAGUUGGUUUAAUGGUCAACCAGACGCGAGGAAAAAAAGCUGUGUUCGAGCGAGCCUGCAGCAUGGAAAAAUGAGCUGGCUGUUCUGGGAGGAUGAGGAUUGCACUGUGACUCUUCCUUAUGCGUGUGCUAAGUACUCUUGUGAGUAACUUAUAUGUUUUUGGUACGCGUUUUGGUGAACUAUGUAAACUAUCUUAUUAUAGAAAUUUGACUAUCUUCUUCAGAUGUUUAAUAGUCAGUCGACUGCACUGUAUAUUUGCACUCUUUUCUCGUAUCCGCCACAUGUAAAAUAUUCAUGCAUUGUUCUUUGUUUAUUCAUUUAUUUAUUUAUUUUGUUAUUGUAACGUAUAUUAUUAUAUACCUAUUGCAUUUUUGUAUAUCAAUUUUGUUCUUUUUGUACAUAUUUUUGUAUAUUAUUCGUCCAAUUUAUUUUUUUAGAGGGUCCUUGGUUAGAAAACUGUAAAAAGGUUAUUACGUUUCCAUCUUUAAAUAAACCUGUAUUGUGUUGUAUUGUAUUGCAUUGGAUUGUAUUGUGUUGUUCUAUUUUGUAUUAUAUUGUAUUGUACUGCAUGUACUGUAUUGUACUCUACUGUACUCUGCUCGUCUGUACUGUACUGUACUGUAUUGUAUAGUUGAUGAUCUGGACAUACUUGAGAGGAACGCUGGGUGGAAACUGAUUUAGGUUUGAAAAUAUUAGCAGAGAUUGGAGACGACCUGACGAUCUGACGAUCUGUUUCACUCAGCAUGUUGUCAACGCAUGCUGUUAACUUUCCCAUGUUGAGAGAUUGUGAGCGACUCUGAUACAAGCUAGUAUAAAUUGCAGCAUAUCGUACUCAGUUUUCAUGUAAAAUCUAUGUUUAAUUUGUUAACAAUAGCAUCAUUGCAUGUGAGUACCUAUUCAAAACUAACUGUUAAAUUGGUCAAAAUUGUUUUUAAAGCUCACACCCAGCAACCAACAGUCCCCUCUACAACAGGUAAGCGCCUUACUCCUUACUCACACCCUGAACCGUCGCUCUGAUACAGGAGCUGUUGAGUGAAGGCGGCUACAGUUUCUGCGUCUUUAUUUAUUUUCUUAUUUUCGCAAGUUUAAGUUUUCCGUUUGUUUUCCAUGUUUAUCCUCUCCAUGAUAUCUACCCUUUAUAGUUCAUAGUUUACCCUGCCUAAGCAUGCUCUUAAAUAAGCCUAAACUAUACUCCUUUCGUAAAAACAUUAUUUUUUUUCUGCAAAAGCGAUGUCAAAGCGAAGAUUGUGUAGUUCCAAAAAAUACCCAUAUCCUCCUCACGGAAGACAACUAAAUUCUGAGCGCGUUAGAGAGGUCUAAAGAGAGGCAAUUGCCGAGGGAGUGAGAGGUGGCUUUUCGAAAUUUUUUGUUUUUGUUUUGUUUUUUCAGGUUCUCCAAGUAAGAUUAGUGUUGGUCAAACCUAACAGCUGUUUAGACUGCGAGCAGCCCCAUAAUCAUUUAUUUAUAAUUAUUUAUUUAUUUAUUGAGUCAUCGAGAUCGAAAGCACAUGUGAGGGACAAGUGGCGAAGCCGCGAGGAACGAGGGCAGAACUCAACUAAGAGAGAAAAAAUCACAGAAACUCCGGGGGGGGGGGGUAAGGGUAAGGGGGAUAAAGCAAAAGGGGUUAUGGAUAUUUUCUGGAACUGUACAUUACAACUUUAUGUUCACCAGGUGCAAAUACUCAAUGUCCCUCUGGAUGGAUGCUGAAUGGGCCAGCAUGCUAUAAAAUGAUUACACAGAGGUAAGGAUUUUUUUAGUGCAGAGCUAUUUACGUAUACUUCGCUAGAAAGGAAACAGCUGUUAAAGGGUUUUUUUUUUAAUUUAUUCAUUUAUUCAUUAAUUUUUUUCAUGCAAAGCGUAAAUUCGAAGUUGACGUUCUCUCCCUGACCUCUUGAUGGAUUGGGAACAUCAGAGUUUAGUCUUCCAGACCCUGUCUUUGUCGUUGACAGUAUGAAAGAGACCCCUCUACGUUUUUAUUUAUUUAUUUUAUUAUAUUUUUUUUUCAACUUUUGACAUGGAUAAGUUAGGGGAAAAUCCGUCGAUAACACUGGAAAGAGCGCCAUAAAAUUAGUAAACUUGCCAAGUUUGAAAGAUAUAUCUCCUCAAAGUCGCGAAAUUUUACAGUCCCUGGAAACGGCUGUGUAAAAUGUUCGCAGCUAUGUGGAACUAUAUCUUUGCUCGCUUAAUUCGUAUCACUUUUAAAUUUGGCAAUUUUACUGAUUUUACGGCGCUCUUUCCAAUGGUUUUGAUGGAUUUUUCCUAACUGAUCCAUGUAAAAAGUUGAAUAAACCGUGGAGGGGUCUAUGGUAUAGGAUUUCGCUACCUUUGCCGAGAACCAAGAAACAGCCAACAGAAUGUUCACUGGUGAACUGAAUCAUUGCAGCCAAGAAUGAAGAAUGGCCUAACCGCUGGACUCUGAUUGAAUCAGUUCCCGACGAAUUUCACCUUUCUGCUUCAAUAAGAGUUUGACACAUGAAAUUUUAUCUGGUAGCAUAUGACCUAUUUUUCUUUUAAUCUUAAGAUUCAAAACUUGUGCCCUGUGAGAAGUUGGUUAUUUUUGUCUUUCUUUUUUUUUUUUUUUGUUUUAUGUUUGUUUUUGUUUUAUUUUAUUUUAUUUUUUCUCAACGCGCGAUGAAGGCUUUUUCAGCUACCACUUGCUGCACCUUUCACAAACAUGCGAACUCUAAAGUUCAAAAGACGCCUUCACAAUAGCGUUUUUCGCUGCCGUCAAUCAUAAUUACGAUCACAAACAACGAACCUUGAAACAAAGAAACACACAAAACGGAUCGAAAUCCACCAAUCACAAAUCACAAACCAUGACCUUUUGAACCUGUUAAAGUAAAGUUUUGUGUCCUAAGAGGUCCGUUAAGAUGAUAAGAUGAUUGACGGCAGCCAAAAACGCAAUCGUCAGUUGGCUUUUUGAACUUCAGAAUUCGCAUGUUUCUGAAAAGCGCAGUAAUGGACUUUAAAAAGUAAUUAGACUGAUCAUUCGGUUAUUUAUUUAUUUUUUUGUAUGAAAGUUGACACCCUUAUUCAAGGAACACUUGAGGGGGAUAACAUGUUCCUUCAUGUUCCUGAAGGUGUCCCUGAAUGGAGGCUACACUGUAUAUUAAUCUUCCCAUUAGCACUUGAGACACCUCUUUUCAGGGGACACUAUUAUGUGCUUACGAGACACUCCACUGAACGGAAGCCCCACUGCAUUCAUCGGAGCUCCAAAGCAAAGAAAUUUGGCAAUCUAUCCAUCCGAGAAAUUUUGGUAACCGCGUGACCAUACUUUCGACCGUUCAUCUGUCUGCACCAAAGGGAACCAAUGUGAAAACUUUUUUAUGCAGUGUGGGAGCAUGCAACCUGUUAUGGCAUAUCCAUGUUGUUGACAGCUGUCAAAACAGGGUAUUCGCUAACCAGUAUCACAUGACCGCAUUUUGGGCUGAGGUGUAGACCCAUCGAGGUUGCGAGUUUUUUUUUUUAGUUCUUUGCUGACAAGUUAGAAGUUUUCAAUUGCUCGCAGGCCCGAUUUUAGUUGGAUCUCUUUCUAAUGGUUAUAAGGAUAUUUGAUUGAAGUAAAUUAUAAAUAAUUAUAUUAACGAGAGCUUCUCCUUGGCUUAAGUUUAUAUAUUAAUAUAUUAUUAUUAUUUGUCGUACAGUAAGACGUGGACCGCCGCCAGAGAUGUCUGCAGAGGUUUUAGUCAAAAUUCUGACCUGGUUAGCAUACACAGUCUCACCGAAAAUACAUUUGUCGCCAAUCUGUUAAACAAUUCAGCCUUUUCAUUCUGGAUUGGAUUAAGUGACCGCGGCAUACUCUUUGGUGAGUUCUUUAUAUAUGUCUACGAGAAAUAACCGGGCGGAAGUGAUUUGUCGGUAAAGGAAUAUCAACUGUACUCCGUCAUCCCCACUCUUCUGUUCUUAUUCCAUGGGUACUUUUGGCCGGGUCUCUUCCCACAAGACAAAGCUUACAAGCUACAUACGUAGGCUUCUGAAAAGGGCUUGGUAUGUAUUGUGGUCCCAAUCGCCGUUCUUGUUCUAGAGGCGUUAAAAGUCGUCAAGACGCAUUUAACGUCUGAGGCGUCAAAGUUGACUGACUAGAAUGGUACCCCACAGUCAGAUUGUCAUCUUCAAUCAAAAUGCGUGAUAGGAGUCUUAUAACUUAAAGUAGUAAAUAAGAGAAGAAAUAAAACAGUAGGUAGCAUGUAGGACUUGAACCCGCACCAUUUGAUGUCUAGUGCACGUCCGUUUCAACUUCACGUAUCCACUACAUGUACACCAUCAAGGGCUAACUGCUGACACCGGUUAAUUUUAACGUACCUUACAUGGCAUUGACCAUUACAUUAUUGAAAGCUAACCGUUUUUAAAACAGUCCUUAACCAUAAUCAUUGUACUUCGGUGCUAAACCCUGAAUUAAUCUCUUUUGCGUGCACGACUGUCUCUUACUCUGAUUUCCCCACUUUUCUGAAAAAAUGUGCUCGAUACAUUCGCAUAAAUAUAUAUUAUACCGUGGUAUAGAGUAUAGCGUUGUGUAAUAAACAUAAGGUGCCCAACCUGAUUUUUAGGUAUCCGUUCUAGUUACAACCUAUUAAAAACGGAAAAAAAAGUAAUAAUAAUAAUAAAAAAAGAGACAAAACACGGACUCUUCCCAGUCAUUCCUGGACGAGUUGGCGAUAAAUUAAUACGUCCCGUUUUUAUAUUAGACGCGUUUAACGCCUGAUACGUUUUUAAGUCGUCUGUUAAGUGUGUUCGAAUGACGCACUCAGUAGAAGACGUUAAUAAUGUCAUCAGACUUUUAAUACGAUUAAACGUUAAUGUCGACCUAAGACGACGUUAAGGUUAGACUUUCUCAAAGUCCUUCACUUCUCGUUUCCACUUCCGGUAGUAGUCCCCAGCGCGAAGGACUUUUAUCCUCUGCGGCGCACUAAAUUUGCUGGAGGAAUUUUCCUCCUAUGGGUUUUAUUCAAUCACUAACGGUCUUUACUGAUGCGCCGUUAAUCAACCGCCUGAAACGUGACUUUAGCUGUUUUGAUCCAAAUUCAAAUUAAGACGAUGAAUGCAGUAGUUCUUUAAUUUUCAACAGCAUGCGGGUUGUAUUAAUUCGAUUAUUUCGUCUUAAAUGUCUCCUCCAUAUCGCCUGUAUUCAAAUGCAAAGCCGAGUGCAAUGUUUUCUAUCAAAUGGUUUACGGGAAAAGCUAUUAAACUACAAAGAUGUUCGCGAAAGUAUUUGCGUUGGAGGGGAUGUGUUUUUGUCGGUGCCAGAAGACAGCGACUUAGGCAAGAGCUUGACCCUUGACAGGGGCACCCAACGACAAUUUUCGGAAAAUGAUCUGUUCGGAAGACGAUUUGAGAUCUAGAAUUUUCGGAUCAUUUUCUGUAUAAUUUCUUGCUUGCCUGCCUCUCCUAGGAUUUUCGAACAUCAAAAAAGUGGCAUAAUUGCCCAUUUUUAACGGAUUUUUACCCUAAAAAGGUCACCUAGAAUUUUCGGCAGCCUUUUUUCUGGCUGAAAUUUUCGAAAAGGUAAAUUUUGAUCCCUAUAAUUUUCGGAUCACUAUACUUUCAGCUAGGAAAUCCGAACAGAUGAAAAAUUUUUAGGGGAUAAAAAUAAGCCUUUAUCUACCGUUUAAAUACUAACAAUGCUAUGUUUAUGUGGUUUGAACUAUAUUCUCGUUGGGUGCCCCUGAUUUGAAAUUGCCCAUUGUAUUUAGGACUUUUUUGCGGUAUGGGCAAAGACAGGAAAUUUUGCCAAUUUAUUUGGUUGUUGUACCACUGAUAGCACGUCUCUUAGCCUUAGAUGUUGAUCCCUCGAUUUGAUUUCGGCUGGCAGCUAACGGUUAAAAGCGCAUUGAGCACGGACACAGUGAAAUUUUUUCUCUAGCCUUUGGAACUUUUUUGGAUAGUUUUUCGUUCCAAUCAGCACAAUUUGGGCAAGUUAUUUGUGAAUGUUUCGAAUGAAUACAUACACAACUGACGAGAAAUUCCAGAUUAUUAAAAAAAACACAAGUUUUCUGUUUCUCUGCACCUGAAAACAGUCACCUUUUCUUAACAGGGUGGGAUUCUCUAUUGAUUUACGGCAUUGUUGAAGGUGGUCGUUCCAGCCUUAAUGGAUUUGACUGGGGAAGUUGUGAUGUUUUGGAUAUUAAAUCCCUUACUUUACGCAGUAGCUUGAUAGUCACGAUGGAAUAUAGAAGCACCGGUCCUUUUAUGUUCUCAUGAUAGUUAUCUUCUGGUUAAGAUAGUAAAGACCGAUUUUAAGCUCAUUUCACCCCCUCGCUCCGCGUCAUGGGUAUUUAUAAAAAGCUACAUAAUAGCUAUACGCAAAGGGCAAAAAGUGGGAUCAAGAACUGAGAACUCGGCAAACUCUCGAACAGAACGCCGUGCACUAACUACCUGUGCCAAUGUGGUUAUCCUAUCUAUGUUUAAAGGUUAUGGAUGGAGUGACAAGAGCCCAGUUGGGUUCACGCGAUGGAAUCCUCAACAGCCAAACAGCCAUCACGGACAACAG